UUCGCCACUGUCUAUAAAGCAAGGGAUAAGAACACCAACCGAAUCGUCGCUAUUAAAAAGAUUAAACUGGGACAUAGAUCAGAAGCUAAAGAUGGAAUCAACAGAACAGCUCUAAGGGAGAUAAAGUUGUUACAGGAGCUCAGCCAUCCAAAUAUUAUUGGUCUUCUAGAUGCAUUUGGACACAAGUCCAAUAUUAGUUUGGUGUUUGAUUUUAUGGAAACAGAUCUUGAGGUUAUUAUAAAGGAUACCAGUAUUGUGUUGACACAAUCUCACAUCAAGGCAUAUAUGCUGAUGACACUUCAAGGAUUAGAAUAUUUACAUCAGCACUGGAUUCUGCACAGGGAUCUUAAACCAAAUAAUUUGUUGUUAGAUGAAAAUGGAGUUUUAAAAUUGGCUGACUUUGGCUUGGCAAAAGCUUUUGGAAGCCCAAAUAGAGUUUAUACACACCAGGUAGUAACAAGGUGGUACCGAGCCCCAGAACUAUUGUUUGGUGCUAGAAUGUAUGGUGUUGGUGUCGAUAUGUGGGCUGUUGGUUGUAUUUUAGCUGAAUUGCUCCUCAGGGUUCCUUUUUUGCCUGGAGACUCUGAUCUUGACCAGCUGACAAGGAUAUUUGAGACACUGGGCACUCCAACAGAAGAACAAUGGCCUGGGAUGACAAGUCUCCCAGAUUAUGUCACAUUUAAGUCUUUCCCUGGAAUGCCACUUCAACAUAUCUUCUGUGCAGCUGGUGAUGAUUUGCUCAAUCUUCUGCAAGGCUUAUUCACAUUUAACCCUUGUACUAGGGUAACGGCUACUCAGGCUUUGAAACAGAAGUAUUUCAGCAACCGACCAGGACCCACUCCGGGAAAUCAACUGCCAAGACCCAACUGUCCUGCAGAAGCUGUAAAGGAGCAACAAAGUACACUUUUAAAUCUUAAAAGGAAAAGAACAGAAGGAAUAGAUCAAGGAUUACCAAAAAAAUUGGUUUUUUGAUUGCUGUGGAUGGUGGAUGAAAGUGAGUGAAAACGGCCCGAGUCCCAA